GUCUGUCCCACUCCAUAUGUGCAUCUGUUUUUAUCAUGUUCAGUACGUGCGCGUUUCAACUUCUGAAACCAUCUGUCUGAAAUGUCCAAGAUAAUAAAAUGUGAGGCUGGAUGAACACAGCAGGCCAAGCAAAUGUCCGUGCACGAUUUCAAAACUACAAAAAUAUUUCUUCAAUAUUACUUUGCCAUGCAUUUAGCUGCCAGAUAAUACAAUGUCAGACACACCCCGUAUUGUCACUCCUGUGAUUGACAUUUGCUCCUUUCAAGCCUCUUCCUGAUUGGGAAAGCAGACGGCACUUAAUGCAACCAUCAUUACACACAGCUCAUGAUCCCUGGUUCCGGGACAAGUUCCAACAAGGGUCAUCGAACGAACGACAUCAGUUAUGAAGACGUGUCAAAUCUUUUUGUUAUUUUCCCUCACACUAGUGUUUACCAUCAUUGUAUAUUUUGUUUUGAAUCCCUCUUUGAAUAAGUUAUUGUUAAGAUUAAAUGAGUUUACAAUCACAUUGGCAAACUACUCAGCCAAACUAACCUCCAGUGACCAAAUGUCUGGUCAGGUCACCCCUGAAAACACAAUGAUUGUGAGACGCCCACACCCAACCACAGAGCCCGGAAUUAUGUUUUUACAGAGCUCCAGUGAACUAAACCCUUCCCCUUUGGCCAUGUGCAGCAUCGAAUCAGCAGCUAGACUAAACCCAAACAAACCAGUUUAUUUUUUCAUGAAAGCAAUCAAUGGGAGCGUACCCAUGUAUCGAGGACCUGAGUACAAAGGCAUCCUUCUGCUUUCUUCGUUCAAGAAUGUGGUCAUAUUGCCCUUGAAUCCUAAAGAAUUAUUCAGCGACACACCCUUGGCUGGAUGGCAUGAGAAGGUAGAUCCCAGCAAAGAAAGGCAUUGGCUCCAUGUGCUCGCAGAUGGCUGUCGGCUUGCCUUGCUGUGGAAGUACGGGGGCAUCUAUCUGGACACGGAUAUCAUUUCACUCAAACCCUUAGAGUUCCGAAAUUUUAUCUGUGCAGAAUCAGAGCAUUCUGCUAAUAAUGCAGCUUUGGGAUUUAACCGUUCACAUUCCUUCAUCGAGAGUUGCUUAAGAGAUUUUGUUGAGAAAUACAUUGGAGGAGUUUGGGGCCAACAGGGUCCGAGACUGAUUACCCGGAUGCUGAAGAAAUGGUCUGGAACUGAUAAACUUCAAAGCCUCUUCAACAAAGAUUGCAAUGGGAUUGUGUACUUGUCCAACAACUGGUUCUACCCAAUUCCAUACAGCAACUGGGGGAGAUACUUCCGAAAAAAUACUUGGAACAAGACCAGUAAUGAGAUUGAAAAAGAAUUCUCAAAGACGAGUGGAGUUCAUGUCUGGCAUUAUAUGUUUGGCAAUAAGAAAAUUCAAAUCAAAGAAAGUAAAUCUUUAAUAGAAUAUUUCUUUAGUAAAUAUUGUCCAAGCACAUAUGAAACUAUCUCAAUAUAAUUUUUAUUUGAGUGUCGAUUUGAAUAUUUGUAUUAAUUGUUAAUUACCACAAAAAUCAUUGCUAACCAAAUCAGUUAUGGUGGUUGAUAUUAUGGUGAUCCACUUGGCCUCAUCUCAUUGUAUCGUCAUCUCUAUCCUUCUACUCUCUGUGAGGCUGCUGGGUAAUGGUAAGGAAGAGGAGGUGUGGAAUCAGCAUCUCAUUUUAGCUCCCUUCCCUUUCAAUGGUAUCACUUACUGUGUGUAAUUCUUUGAGGUUUAUGGGAUGAGGCUGGGAUUGGGGAGAUUUUGAAACUGGUAAAGCCCACAUUGAGACCAUUGGUUUGGAGGUUCCUGAGGCAGAAUAUGAGACCCUUCUCCAGUUUCCAAUUUGUGUCAUUCUGGCACAGUUUAGCCACUUUACUAACACCUUUCGCCCCCAACCUCAGGUUCACCUGGACCAUCUCUGAUAACUCUUUCUCCUUCCUGGACCUUCUUUGAGGUUUAUGUCUCCAAUAUAAUCAAAGCCUCAUCAUUCAAAAUUGUCUAAUUCUGUUUCACUGUUGAUCUACUGGAUUCUUACUUUGCCCCAGUACCAUUAUUACUGACAUUGCAUAAUUUAAAUGAUUGAAUUUCUUCUGCACAGAAACACACCGUAUCAUUGGGACUAGACCAUAUACUAUAUCAGGAGUGACAGUGAUGUUUUAACACUGACAGAUAUCCCUCAUUCACAUCAUAGAAUCAUUCAAUUCCUUGGAAGCAGGCUAUUCAGCCCAUCGAGUCUACACUGACCCUUCAAAUACUCCAUCCAGAACCACUUCAUCCUUGCAUUUCCAUGGUUAAUUCAUCUAGCCUGCACAUCCCUGAACACUGUGGGCAAUUUAGCACGACCAAUCCCUCUAACUUGCACAUCUUUGGACUGGGGGAGGAAACGGGGGGACCUGGAGGAAGCCCAUGCAGACAUAGGGAGAAUGUGCAAACUUCAUACAUAGUGGACAAAGGCUGCAAACUGCCUUCAUUGUUGUUCCUGUCAGUAACUUGUCAUUAGUAUUUGCAAUCUCUUGAUUAUGUAAUUUGUGGGAAUAAACUGCUCAAAGUCUAUGACAAUUUGACCAUUGACUGUUGUGAAUGGUGUAUCUCUGCUGUGGCAGUCUUUACUGUUGGAGGGAUGCCUUAUCUGGGUGAAGUUACUAGUUUGUACAUGUACAGCAUACAAUAUAUUCUGUAGGAUAUUUAGUUCUGAUGUUGACGUUAUUUAUUUACUGAAACACUGCCUUGCACCUGUACUGAGAUUGUAUUCGAUAUAUAUACUCAAUGCAACUUUUGAUUUGUACAACUUAUAAAUUACUUUUUUAUAAAUUACAGAUUCCUGUUUAAAACCUCCAACAGUUUUCAUGAAAUAAAGGAAAUCUUUGCCUUGUU